AUGGAAAACCAAGGAGAACAAGAAACGUGGACUCUAGGAGAGACAGUUGUGAUGCUGAGAGAUAAGGUACUACAAAUGGAGAAGCACCUCCAGGAAAUAGGGAGGAAAAUCAAGGAAGUAGAAAGAUUGUUGGAAAUGGUUGGGAAAGGCGUACCCCAGGAACAAUAUUAUGGGAAUGUCCCGGAAGAAGUGAAAGAAUCAGACCCGCAAGAGGAGUCGGAGCCUCAACAGGAAGCCUCCGAACCCAUCGAGGAAGAAGAACUAGAAGAGGGAGAAGAAGAGCCCCAGGAUAUAGAGGAGGAAGAAUUAGAGCCUGUUAACAUAGAGGUUGAGCAAGAAGAGGAACCAUUUGAGAUGUUUCUCGACUUUGUAGAAGAAGAGAAGGCUAUGAACGAGGAAUCUGACUACUAUGCCCUAACCAAUGGGGGAUCUAACUUUUAUGCACCCUCACCCAUACUGGCACCUGCGUCCUCUAAUAUGGAAUAUGAGGAUUACGAUGAAUUGACAAUAAAGCCAGAGGGGCUGGUGGAAGAGUUGGAAGAAUUAGAAGACAAGAGGAAGCCGAAUAUGGAUGAAACUGAGGUGAUCAACUUCGGUGACGAGGAGGAUGUCAAGGAGACACGAAUCGGUGGUCACUUGGGAGCUCUACAGAAAGAAGAGCUCAUAGCUUUGUUGAAGGAAUAUAUGGACGUCUUUGCUUGGACAUACGCAGAUAUGCCGGGAUUGAGCACUUAA